CUGGAUCUGGAUGGGAUGUCGUUGAUGUUGAUUAUAUGGAAUAGCUGGCUGUUCUAUCUAGGUCUAUGAUCUGUUCUGCUCUGUUUGCUCUAUUCCCUUCCCUUCCAGCAUCCCCCACAACCCUAAAUAGGUACCUCCGCGCCUCCUCAAAGCCAGAACAGGAGCGGAGGCACUCACACACACUCUCUCAACGCAGACACCCCCACGGGCACCCAUCCAUCCAUUCAUUGCGUCACCAACGGCACCCAAACGGUCCCGCCAAACCGGGUUUUAACAAGCAGAAACAGCAGCACAGCCGCCGGGUGCGCGAACGGGUACCUGGCUGGCUGGCUGCAUGGGGCUUGUUAUUAGGCCGUCAGUCAGAGCGACCGGAUUGAGCAGCGUAGACGGGCGGGCAUGGUCGUGCGUGCGUGCGUACGUCUUGGGUCACUACUGCGAGCGGCACCGGGCUCGGGGUCGAGGGUGGGGAGUGGGGGGAUGCGGGCGCUGCUGGAUGGGAUGCGAUGCUGUCUUGGACCGGCGGCAGCGAGACAAGACAGGCUGGACGAAAUGGGAUGGGAUGGGAUGGGGUGAGCACGAGGCGAGGUGAGUGUGGGCGGACGGUGG